AUGAGGUGGUUUGGAUGUUAUUGCUCAGGUUUGAUAACAUACAGGUUGGCGAAGGCAGGACGGGCGGGCAGUAGUAGAUGGGCCUAUGGCCGUGGGUGCGUGAGGGCGCUGGAGCAGCUGCUGGAAACACAGAGUAUGAGGCCAGGAAGGGAGCACGUCACCACAGUGUGGCCGGCGGGGCUGUGCGGGGGUGGUGCAGACUCAUCGACUAUCCACCUGGGGUGGAGCGUCAAAAAGUCCGCCCGCGGCGGAUAG